AUGGAUAGCGAAGGUUCUUAUCUCCAUGCCAUUAAAUCUGAUCCAGGAAGCCCGGGAGAGCACCAGGACCUCUCCGUUGGGCCUUCCCCUGAGGGUUCAGAGCAAGCCUGCGGAACUUGGGUCUUCACACCUCUCUGUCAUUCAGAUUCACCAACCGUCUACGAACCGUCUGUCGCAUCUUCGACUCAACGGCCAUCAGACUUUCCAUAUCAACAGCUACAUUCAUACAGCAUUGAUGACAGCCUAGCAUGCGCUCCAGAGUUACAGCCUUAUCACACACACCUAUUGAAAACAAACUUGCAGCCAGAUCGGGCAGCUGUAUUCCAGAGGCUAUGGAAUUGGUCUCUUGCCAUAAGCGGUUUAGAACCCAGCGGGGUUGAUUAUGGCAGCCCAUUCAGGGCCCAGAAACCACUUGUAUGGGAUCUGGAAACUAUUCACAGCGCUAUGCAAUGUGACCAGGGUCGGCUGGACUCACGCAACUUCCUGAGUCGUGGCCAUAUGGUUGCGCUAGCUGAAGAAUAUGAGAAACGUAUCGCGAGCCACGGCACUCGACAUGUCCCGAGUGCAAUAAGUGCAUGGAUGCAACUUGAUGCGGGACAAGAAGAUGGGCAAUCGCACGGGCCUCUCAGAGACCUGAUUAUUGAUGAAAUGACACGGGAGUUAUACGCUCUUGAUACACAUUACAAGUUUAACCCGCAGGACAGAAAGAAGAAGCAGAUAGAAAGUUGGAUUCACGCGGGACGACUGUUACUGGCAUUGGUGAAGGAAAUGGGCUGGGGGGCGAUGCUAGUCCCUGGAUUUCAGUUGACGAAUGAUGACAUCACCAAAAUCGACUUGAAACACUUCAAUCAGUUUGUUCAGGAUGUUGAAUGCUGCUAUGCAGAUUGGAGGAAGGAGUUGGAAGAGAUAUCUGCCACCGUUCACAGGAUACUGGUGCGUGGUCAUCCAGAUGGUCAAAUCCUCAGGAUUCAAUGUCUCCCGAGCGGUAGCUUGCCAUCAGACAUGAACUGUUCACUGAGCUAUUGGUUAUCGUAUAUCGAGGAUCCCCGUUACCAGAGACCUUCUGGCCAAACACCUUUGCUUACACCCCAAAGCAUUUCGGAAUUUGAUUACAGCACUCCUAAUUGA